AUGGACCUCUUUCGGGACAGCGCGGAUGCAAAGGAAGCAACCAGCAUGACAUUUCCAGCUGCCUCUAAGUGCCUGUUUUACAAGUUUGGCCAUUCGGGUGCCAUAGAAACAUACGAUAUGAUAUGCACCCUGAGCCAAAGAGCUAUGUAUAUAAAGAUGUUCGCGUUCCUGUGGGGAAUCUGCCCCGACAAUGUUGAUGCUCUUAUGACGAAGCUCAACACUGGGGACUUCUUCCUCCUGUAUCUUCUCAGCAAAAACGUGGAAUUCCAUGCCUUCGGUAUCCUGAUGGAGGAGUUCUCUGGCAGAGUUAUGGGCUACAAGAAAGCGGGGACCUCUACAGAGCUAGGAGAGAGGGCCGCGGACAUCUCUCCUGUGUAA